AAAAAAUUCAACCACACUCCCUCUCGCCUCGCCUCUCCUCCUCCCUCAGAUCUCCCCUUCUCGCCUCCAUACACCUACGAUCCUCUGCUUCACCCAUGGCCUCUGUUACUUUCUCUCCCAUCACCGCUUCUUCGUCUUCUUUGCUGUCUCCGGUCUCUGGUAGCAGGAGAUCGGCCAGGUUACCGGAGUUUAGAGGGCUCAAGAUGAGGCGGACUUCUCUCGUGCGGUCUUUUGGAUUGAUCAAAACCAGUCCCAACUCCAGAGUCUCUCGCGGCGCGCGAAUCAUCUGCGAGGCUCAGGAUACCGCCGUCGAUGUGCCUUCUGUCACUGACAAAACAUGGCAGUCGCUUGUUCUUGAAUCUGAAUUACCUGUAUUGGUUGAAUUCUGGGCUCCUUGGUGUGGUCCUUGCCGCAUGAUUCACCCUGUAAUUGAUGAACUGUCGAAGCAAUAUGCUGGGAAGCUCAAAUGUUACAAAGUUAACACUGACGAGAGCCCAUCAGUUGCAACCGAGUAUGGAAUUAGAAGCAUCCCCACGGUGAUAAUUUUCAAGAAUGGUGAGAAGAAAGACGCAAUUAUUGGUGCCGUUCCCAAAUCCACCUUGACAACCAGCAUAGAGAAAUUCCUGUAGCUCACUGGGCUGCGGUGGUAUAUAAAAGGUAGCCUUCGAUGAAGUAAGUUGUUCCUUCCAUCAUUAACGUUCAAUGGCUCAAGUGCAGAUCCUUUGCUCCAACAAUAAACUCUUAUCCCUUGUAUAGGUUAUCAAAGAUGCAGUUGUAUCUUCUUCAUCUGGAUAAUAUAUUCACGUUCCUGUUUCUUAUAUGAAUUAUUAUCAUUUUCGGAUGACAAAAAAUGAAGAUUGGAAGCUUGU